GGUGAACAUGUAAAUAACCGCUUGAGGACUCUCGGUGUGUCAGAAGAGUGUGGGGUAAAUUCCCUGUGCUUCGGGGGGUUUCCAAGAGGAUUUCCCCAGCGUUAGGUAAUUCAAUAUUCAGAAUAUCUAUACGCAAAGGUGAAAUUUGUUUACAAACAAAAGCCUGUAUUUAAACCAGUAUUUAAAUACUUUAAAUACACAUUAAAAGCUAAAUGUCUGCCAAAUAUACAGUAGGUAAAGCAGACAGGUCUGAGUUGGUCACGUGCUACACACGUGAUAUUCUCGACCUAUUAAGCAAGUGGUUUAUUUACUAGCUUCACGCCUAAAGCGCUGUAGAAAUAACGUUAAAAUUGAGUUCUACAAAAGCAAGUUCCUCAAAAUGGCCUUGUCGUCGCUCCAUGACGAAAAUGACACUGACGUAACGUGGUUAGGAGGCAAAAAUGCGGAAUCGGUGCGUUUUUAUAAAGAUUACGGAUGAGAAAGAGCGACAUAGGUCGCGUUCGCUGUCUUUUAUCGACGUUUCGAUGUUUUUUUAAAUAAAGAUCUUAAGGGUUAUUACUUACCACAAAUCGCUACAGUAAAUAGAAUCCGUGCUGUCAUUAUCAGCAACCUCAGAGAAGUGCUCGGUGACGCCACCUAUUUGCUUUUUUUUUUGUUUGGGAUUCCCCAAUAUCUUGGUUUCAUUUUUUGGUCGAGUAUUAAAAGGGAGAGUAGUAAAGUGCACUUCUGUCUGUCUCACUGCCAUGGGAAAUAAUAAUGCUUUGUCCUUAAUCCUGCUCCUCACAUUUGGUGUAGGAGUCAGAAGUAAUGAUAGCAGGAUGAAUCGUGUGACCCAAUCUAUCUGUGGUGAAGAUGCACUUCUGCACUGCUUGGCCAAGUCCAAGCCUGGAGUCCAGUACAAGUCAGUCAUCUGGUACAAGGUCAGUGAUGCUCCCUCUCGCCUGUUAACUGGGCUAGUGCUGAAGAAGCUUUCCCAUCAUAACGACACUGUUCAUAGAUACAAAGGCGUGCAGCAAGAUGUAAUGCUGUUAGCGGAUUCACACAGCCUUGUUUUGCCUAAUGUGACGCUUCAGGAUUCUGGGAGAUAUCUGUGCUUAUUGUCUGCUCCUGUUGGUCAUCAGCAUCAGGAGGGAGAGAUUGAUCUCAUGGUCUAUGAUGGUUACAAUAAUGAUGUUGGAACAUCAAAUUACCAGGAUACAUUUUAUGAAAUACUGGCCAUUACUUUACUUAUAGUGGCCUUGCUGAUGCUGUUUGUAAGUUAUAAAACACUGAAGAACACAUUAUUAAAACACAAAAGCAAGUUCUCAAAAGAAACAUCGAAGAAAAUACAUCAAAUGAAACACUCAAUCAUUAAAAUGGAAUCCAAAGGAAUUGUAUGCAGCAUUUUACCGCAGCAAUAUGUGUGACAAAAUCAUCAUGGUCUCAUCCAGUCACAGAAGAGGAAGGAGAAGUGAUUAAUGAAUGUAUGAACGCAUGAAUGUAUGAAAAAUGGUGCUAUGUGGACAUUAUCUAAUGAGCAGAUAUAGUUCAGAAGUAAAAGUGAAUUUUGGACAUGUAUGGUGUUCCUUCCAGAGGUACUGAGGAGGAGGAGAUUGUGGAGAAGACUGAGGUGGCGUUAUCCUGCUGAAUUGUACUAUGUAUCAUUGCUUUAAUUUAUUUAAGCUAAACGUUUCAACUUAAAUUUUGCACAGUUAUACAGAAAAGGCAAAACUUGGAUGAUGAAUAUAAAAUGUGCAAAUUCGGUACCAAAAGCAUUUUUAAAAUGGAUUCUAACUUCUAGCUCUGGCACCACAUUUGUGUGUAUAGUGGAAAUUUGCCAGGAUGAUUAGAGGAGAGGAGCUGGGCAGGUGUUAGUACACAUUAUAUUUUCUUUUUAUGUCUUGGUGUUAUAAUUGUCUGUAUAAGGCCUGUGCGAUGGGUGUUGAAUUAACCUAUGACUGAGAAAGUUCCUGUGUUUUUGUGUUCUCAUUGUCAGUAGAAUAUUUCUUAUUUUAAAAUUAUGCAGUAAUUGUUAUACCUUUUGGCCCAUUUUAAGGGCUAUUUUUGCACUAAUGACUUAAUUGAUUGUAUUAAUAAUAAAAAUAAUAAUAAUGACGACAAUGACAAUACUAAUAUUAAUUCUCUCUUUUUUAAUAUGCUUACUUGCACAUUAUUGUUGUUGAUUCUAUUGUCAUUGUUUAUUUUUUAUUGUUAUUGCAUUUACACUACAUGUGGCAGUCUGGGUAAAUUUGCAGAAUAAAUUAAUAAAUAGAUUAA